UUGAUGCACAUCUAUAUAGGCUAGCAGCUAUUGCUAGCUUUUCUCAUUUGUAAAAACAUCAAAUAAUAUAACAACUCAUGUUAAUUUCCAUCGAUUUUGGGUAGAAAUAAUCAUAAAAUACAAAUUUUACAGCAUAGAAUGAUCGUAAAUCAAUCAGAAUCAAAACCAUGGUUUACUUCAAAACCUUUUAAGUUUCUUUCUUUUAAAAGUUCACAAUACUUGCAGCUUGUUGAAGAAGAGGAAGUUGAUGUUCAAGUGUCAAAAGAACCAUCAAAGAUGGAUAUGCAUAAGGCGACAGAAGAUGUGGCUUCUACCAAUGAAACUGAUGUAACUAUGCAGGAUGCUACUGCAAUUCGAUUCAGGCUUUAUGUCGGUUUCGUGGCCGGCAAAGACCGAGGACCAGACCAAGACUGAAUCCAGAUUAAAACUGGAACCGAAGACCACCCGAGCAACUACAAUUCAGUCUGGUUUUCGGGUUUAUUGGUCCAGGUUUCAGGUUUGUUCACCUCUACAUUGGACUAUAAAUCCUUCAUAUGCUUCCUAUAAUUUUUUAUAAGAUCUACCCUAUCUGAUACCAUAUUAUAAAAUCGUGAUAUGCAUGUAUGUUGUUCGAGUAUAUUUUUCUAUAAAUAGUAGUUGAUAUUAGGGGGACGGGGCGCCCCGUUAUCAUCCAUCCACCACGCGUGGAUUACCAUGGAACACCGCCGCCAGUGGAUGUUUUCACGCGUGAAUCCGACAACGCGUGGCCACUAUCACUUGAAGAAGUUGCAGAAUGUUGUGUGAGGGAAAUUGUUGAGUGUGGUGAGUGAUGGCCAUUUCCACUAAAAUCCAUCACUAGUGAUGGAAGAAUGUUUGAUGACAUGGCGAAACUUGAUUGGAUGUUAUGAGUGAUGAGUGUGUGGUGAGUGAUGGGCGUCCCUACCCCCCUUAUAUAAUAUCCCGUUUGAUCAUAUCUUUCGAAACCCCACAUGUUAAUAUAAUUCUCUUUCAAUAACUUAUGCAGAUUUUGAUUAAUGAUUUAAAAACUCACAACAUGACAAGGUUGUCCCUUAUCAAAAAGAGUACAAUAAUUACCAUUUCAUAUUAAUUAAUUCUUAUAAAAAUUAAAGAUUCCCGCCAAGGAGAUGUACACAAAUAAGUUUUGAUGAGUGUGUGUGUGUGUAUAACUAUAUAUAUAAGGCUUGAUGUAGUUAUUGCAUCUAACAUUUCAAUCAUUUGAUAUUAUUUGUAUCAUUAUAAAUUAUUGAGUCGCUAUCAUCGUCAUGAUAAACCUAUAUAUAUCAUAUAUAGCUCCAAACAACACUUAAUCAAUUCAUCUAAGGGGAAAAAUGGAUUUUGUGAACAAGUAUCUAACAUUCCUACUUAGUUUUCUGUUUCUAUACCUUGUAGUAAUGCUCCUUAAAUAUCUUUACAAGGCGUGUUUGAUGCCGAUUAUUAUACAACGCACCAUGCGAUCUCAAGGAAUCAAAGGCCCGUCUUAUAGAUUCCUCCAUGGAAACACUAUAGAGAUCUCCGACAUGCGAAAACAAUCCAUGGGUCGACCCAUGGAUGGUUUUUCGCAUGAGGUCUUCCCGAGGAUCAUGCCUCAUGUUCAUUCAUGGGUGAACUUAUUUGGACGGAACUACUUGAAUUGGUAUGGCCCUCAAGCUCAAUUGGUGGUUACAGACGCUGAACUGAUUAAAGAAAUAAUGAACAAUAAAGAUGGUGUUUAUCCAAAGAUCGAACUUGAAGGUCAUGCAAAGAAGCUGUUAGGAGAGGGGCUUUCAUCGACUAAUAAUGGUCAUAAAUGGACGAAGCUUCGAAAGCUCGCCAAUGGCGUCUUCCAUGGCGAAAGCUUAAAAAGCAUGACGCCCACGAUGAUUACUAGCACCGAAGCAAUGCUACAAAAGUGGAAAGACGACGACGGGAAAGAACUCGAAGUAUUCCAAGAAUUUAGAGUAUUAACAUCGGAUGUCAUUUCCAAAACCGCAUUUGGAAGCAGUUAUUUAGAAGGGAAGAAAAUUUUCGAUAUGUUGAUGAAGCUAACACUUAAUGUUUCAAGAAACACGCAUAAGAUCCAGCUUCCAGUGAUCAGUGAUUUGAUCAAGAGUGAUGAUGACAUAGAGUCGGAGAAACUUGAACAAGGAAUCAAAGAUUGCAUUCUUGAGAUCAUAAGGAAAAGAGACGAAGAAGCUCGCAUCGACAGGAGCAUAAACGAUUAUCUUGGAGAAUUGUUGGUCGCUUCUCGUGACGAAGAUAAGCUGAAAAGAAUCUCUAUGGACGAUGUGGUAGACGAGUGCAAAACGUUUUAUUUUGCUGGGCAUGAAACUACUGCAUCUUUACUUGGAUGGACUGUAUUUCUUCUAGCAACUCACCCCGAAUGGCAAGAAAAAGCUCGAAAAGAGGUGUUGGAGUUGCUGGGAAGUACAAACCCUAAUCAUGAUUCAAUCACAAGAUUAAAUACGAUUAACAUGAUCAUUAAUGAAUCUUUAAGAUUAUACCCGCCGGUUCCUGCACUAAAAAGGAAAGUCAAGACGAAAGUUCGGUUAGGAGACAUGACACUUCCACCAAACAUGGAGUUAUACAUAUGUCCGAUAGCAGUUCAACAUGACCCUAAAAUAUGGGGAGCUGAUGUCCAUCUAUUCAAGCCAGAUAGGUUUGAAGGGGGCAUAGCUAAAGCCACAAACAACACACAAGCAGCAUUCAUGCCAUUUGGGUUCGGACCACGAACCUGUGUGGGCUUGAAUUUCGCGCUCGUGGAAGCGAAGAUUGCACUUGCCAUGAUUCUACAAAGAUUUAGGUUUAAACUCUCACCAAAUUAUGUUCACUCUCCUGUUCAAGUUUUCAUGAUUAGACCCCAGCAUGGAGUUCAAAUCAUUCUUGAUGCUCUCUAAGCUGAAUAUUUCGAUGAACAAGGAAGAUCAAGAACAUAAAACAUGUUUUGAACAAAUGAUUAUAUGUUUAUAAUAACUAGUGCUUGUUUUAUGGUUGAAUCAAGGCUAUAUUUGUUCAUCUAGAUUGUUUUGCAGCGUUAUUUUUGUAUUGCAUUACAUACUAAGAUUGGAACCUUUUUUUA